GAACUUGGCCUGAACAAAUGGGAGUAACUCGCCCAGCCCUUGUAAAACGCCAUACUCACGCUCACUCUGCUCAGACAUUACUGACUACGCGAAAUUCCGGCUGUACCGGAGCUUGUCUGGUUCAACCGUCUCUGGACCGAGCCACAUAGACGAAAAUUCGUGGAAUCGGAAAAAAGGUGGACGCGAAAAGAAAGAGGACGGAGAGUGCGAUCGGUACCAGGUGAUCGCGAAAGUAAAGCCGGGCGUUGGAUCCCGAUCUACCUUGAUCGUUGCGUCACAUCUAACGUUAACAGAAGUGGAGCACUUUCAUAAAGAAAAAAUAGGCGGGCCAGGUCGGAACGGUGCCCACCUUGAUCGCCCUGGGCCAUCCUGAUCCAAAAUCGGCGGUCCUCCUGCCCCCGGAUUUGAAAUUGGUGUACAGGGUAAAAAACUGCUAACGCGUUUCGAAGGAGGAGCCCGGGGAAGGAUUAAGUAACUCGUGGCAAGGACGUGGCCUAGUAGACGGAGACGCAAGUGUUCUACGAUGGUCCAACGAACGAACGGCCUGAUCGAAUUGUUCGUGCGUUGGGCGUGGUCCGAUUUCUUGCUCAAUUUUUGUGCCACUCUGCCGGCCGCAAAUCGGGUGACCGUCGAAGGUACCGUCACCCAGUUACGUCAGCGUGCCCGUGGGUCCUGGUCGCGGCGGUAUAAAAGCCGAAAACCACCCGUCUGUGGUAUCAUUCGCAUCAGAGACAGACAGAUCGAGAGAUCUACCAAUCAAGCAGAGCUACAAUGGCCUUCAAGUUGAUCGUCCUCGCCGCCUUCGUGGCCGUCGCAAACGCCGGUGCUAUUCUUCAGUCGGCACCGUUGGCCUACUCCGCCCCAGUGGCGGUAGCCGCGGCUCCCGUGGCUAAAGCAGUGGACGCCGACUUCGACCCGCAUCCCCAAUACAGCUACGCUUACGACGUGCACGAUGGCCUGACCGGUGAUGCCAAGAGCCAACAGGAGACCCGCGACGGAGACCUCGUCCAGGGCAGCUACUCCCUCAUCGAACCCGAUGGUACCAGACGUACCGUCGACUACACUGCCGACCCAGUCAACGGAUUCAACGCCGUAGUCCGCAAGGAAGCGGCCGGUGCUCCCCUCGUCGCCGCCGCUCCGAUAGCCAAGGUCGCUGCUGCCCCUGUAGCCUACGCUGCUCCCAUCGCCAAGUACGCCGCUGCCCCUGCCCUGGCAUACGCUGCUGCACCCAUCGCUAAAUACGCCGCUGCCCCUGCCCUGGCAUACUCUGCUGCACCCAUCGCUAAGUACGCCGCUGCCCCUGCCCUGGCAUACGCCGCCGCCCCCAUCGCCAAGUACGCCGCUGGCCCUGCCCUGGCAUACGCCGCACCUGCCCAAGCCUACAUCCACUGAACCUGAUCUGUCUUCUCUAGGAUUAAUGUUUGUCAAAUAAAAUACGUUUUUUUUUAGCAACUAUACAAAUUGUCUAUCUAAUUUUGUGUUUAAUGUCGCAACAACAAUUGCCUUCUCCUGCAAUUACUGAUCGCCCAGUUAACUUGAGAAAUCCAUGAUAUCGUAAUUACUUAGUUCAUUUUUAAAUAUGAAGAAAAGAAAGUAAUCGUACAGGUAUUAAUCGUAUUCGAGGGUUGCUAUUACAUGAUAUAGUAUGGAGUAACGUUGGAGGGACGUGUAAAUAAUGACGCCGCUCUUAUUACUCGCACUUUCGAUCACUCUUAUCUCUCGUUAAGGAGGCUGGUUUUCAUUAACGAUUCACGGACGAACACCAGUCCGCGGCACUUUCUCUGCCAGUGCCAAUGUUACUUGUUACAUAAUACGUACCGUGCCUCACGCGUCGGACACGUUCCCUCCCGCGUAAUGUAUGUUGCGUUAAUUGGGAACUCCUCGGUAAACCAGAUUCGUAUAAUGGUGCAAACCUUGAUCUACUUACAUGAUCCCUUUCCUGCGUUACAC